AUGACAAGCAAGCAGGAAUUCGGCAUCGGUUUGAUUGGGUUGGGUAUCGGACAGCAGCACCUACUCGGUUAUCAACGCCAAGGCUUACGCAUUGCCGCAAUCUGUGACAAAGAUACAGAACGCCUUAACGAAGUUGGAGAACGGUUUCAAAUCGAUAAGCGAUAUACUCGUAUCACUGACCUAAUUGCCGAUGCUGAUGUUGAUGUGGUUGACAUGGCAGUGCAGCCGUGGAUCCGUUCCCCUAUUGUCAAAGCCGCUGCCGAGGCUGGCAAGCAUAUUCUCUGCCAAAAACCGUUCUCAAUGUCGAUGCAACAAGCCGUUGAAAUGGUGGAGAUCUGUGAGCAACACAACGUCCAGCUCAUGAUAAACCAGAACUCCUACUUUGUGCCCGGUUUCCUCGCUAUCGAACCUUACAUCAAUGCUGAGCACCUUGGCGAAAUCUACCAUGUCUCAAUAACCUGCAACGGGUUCUACACCGAGUUCCCCGAACGCCAUCUGAUUCCAGCGAUGCAAGUGCAUCACAUUGGACUUGUCUAUAAGUGGUUCGGCGAAUAUGAGAGCGUUUACUGCCAAGCGCACGGACAUAACAGGUCUAUUGAGGACGGAGAAACCGUUUCCGUCGCGCUUUUCAAGAGCCGAAACGGCAUACAGGGCUUGCUCUCGUGCAACUGGGCGUUCCUCGCCAAUCCUGGGCGCAAUUUACAACACCCACACGAGGAAAUCCGCAUUCAAGGCACCAAAGGGGCGAUUUACGGUAAUAGUGGUGACAUGACUGUUCACCUCACAGAGCCGGAGACCCGCGAAAUUAAACCGUCGAUAGAGGGGACGUGGUUUCCAGAUGCCUUUGGCAACGUCAUCGCUCACUUUUUUGAAUGCCUACGUACUGGAAAGAAACCUAUCACUCAUGGACGCGGCAAUCUGCACGUCGUCCAGACGGUUUUCGCCAUGCACCAGUCCGCGAGUUCAGGGGAAGUCGUCCUGCUUGACGAUAUUUCGCUGGAUGGUGACUACGAUCUGAGUCCCCACCCUGUCCACAGCGCAGAUGACACGGCUAUCUUGCAGUAA